GCGUCAGUUUUGUUUUUGUUUUGCACUGUUGCAGUUGUCAGCUUCGCAGUUUCUGCAGUUGUUCUCCGAACUAGUUUUUGAGUUUUUUUGUGCUGAAAAAUAACUUGUUUGUUAGAGAAAGUGGCCUGAUUUCUGGUUUAGAGUUUGGUUAAACCUUUUUUUCCCGACAAAUUAGCAGCAUCUUCCAGUGAUGAUCUUCGUUUAUGAGCCAUCAUCAUCUUAAGCUUCCGCCCUACCAGAAGAGACGAGGCCAUGCGAGCAGUUUGAGCGGCAAAAAGCAACCGGUGCUGGGACUUGGGAUGUCUGGCGAUCAACCGUACCCGGUGUUCCCGGAGGGGGUUCAACCGCUGGAGAACCAGGUGGCGGGACAUACAUUUGAGCAGGGAACCGACAUUCUUGGCUUGCUCAAAAACCUGGACGAUGGCAGUAUACUUAAACCGGCGGGCAAGGUGCUGUGUGGCGUGCGGGAGAUCAAGUUCUACGAAACGAUCCAGGCGGCCACGACGGAGAAAGAUUUGGUCCCGCUGAAGGAGUUCAUUCCCGGGUACAAGGGUCACCUCAAGCUGCCCAUUGACGGCAAGCCGGUGGAGUUUAUCAAGCUGGCGGAUUUGACCCACGGCAUGCUGGAACCGUGCAUCAUGGACGUGAAGAUCGGCUGCCGCACCUGGGACCCGUUGGCCACGCCGGAGAAGCGAAAGGCCGAAGAGUCCAAGUAUCAGGCGUGCAAGCGCAACCUGGGCAUGUGCAUUCCGGGCUUCCAGGUGUACUCGAUCGUCAACGGGCGGCGGAUGCGGUACGGCAAAGAGUACGGAAAGAAGCUGACCGAGGUCACCGUGAAGGAUGCAUUCCGCAAGUUUCUGAACGCCGACAGCGGCCUCUGCCGGCAGCUGCUGAUGCAGUUCCUGUCCGACUUGUGGAACAUCCAGAAGUGGGCGCGAACGCAAACGACGUACCGGCUGUACUCGAGCUCGGUUCUGCUCGUGUACGACGCCCGCCGGCUCAAGCCAGUAUUGCAGUAUCAAACCAAAAGUCUGAACAGUUCCAGCGCGAAGCUGAACAACAGUAGUGGCAACCUUAGCGGCACUUCGCCGGCCCACAGCAGCGGCUCCAGCAGUCGUCCAAGCUCCCCGACGCAGGUCGUGCCGGCCGGCACCGACUCCGGGGUCGAACCCCUGCAGCACUACUACAAAAUCCAAAGAAGCCAUUCGACGAUGAACAACUACGAAGAGGACAUGAAGGCCAUGCGCGAAAAUUACGUCUUCAUGCGGGACAAUCUAGUCGGGUCGUACGAGAGCAAAGUGUGGGCCAGCGCUCGUAUGAUCGAUUUCGCCCAUGCGUUUCCGGCAGAGGAGCCCGGCACGAUCGACACCAACUACUUGCAGGGAAUUGAGAGCUUGGUGCGCAUCUUCGAGGAAUUCCUCAAGGAGUGCGAGGCGCAAAACGCACCGAAACAGGGUGUUGCUUAAGCUAGAGAGUUCACAUCAUGAUUCCAGUGUAUUGUUGUAUUUAUUAGAUUUGCUCGUGACCACGAACCAUGCACAACCCAGAUGCAUUUACCAAAACUGCAUCAAAAGCUAAAUAAUUUCAAAUUACAAGAAAUAUCCGCUAAGCCGGUCGCAUCGAGUGUGUCAUUAUUAGUUAGGCGUUACUUAAUACACUUUAGAACCAUUUUUCUUUCCCGGCCUUUCUUUACAAAAUUUCGGGAAGGGAAAGAGCCAUUGUUUACAGACAAAGAUAUUUAGACCCGGCUGCGGGACGUAAUACGCUUAAGUUAACUCUUAACUCUAGGACGUAAGUGCCACUUUGAGGACAUUAUUGUACGGCGAAAAUUACAUUAUUAAACAUUAUAAAUAUGCGGCGCAGAAGUUUACCCCAAAAUGGUAGAAAGGUGGUUGACUUUAUCAAAAAUAGAUUGUUUGAAAGAAAUUCCUUUUGGCAAACUCGCUGUUGCUUUCUACAUCGAUUUUAUUUGAAAUUAAUUAGUUUUCUCAUGUUUUACAUAUAUUUAUUUGUCUUAGUUAUAAAUCUUACACUUUGCGUUUAAGCCAUCGAUUAUAAACUACUGUUUUUUUUUUGUUCACUUGCAAGCUUCUUCCUAUUUAUCCUGCUACUACUCGUAUUCUAAGUUAAACUCGUUUUUGUUUUUUUUUCUUCGUUAUUGUUACGCUUUCUUGAGUCCAGGCACUCGCAUCUCAGGGUAUCGCGCUCGUUUUUUGUUCAAUAUUUGUUAUUUAAUAUAUUCAAAGCAUUCGGAGUUAAACAUUGUUCAUACUACUUAUUAUAACUGAGUUGAAUACCUGAGGAUUACGACUUGAAACAAAUUGCAACGCGAGAAACAAAUAAAUAAACACAAAAAACUACACAUGAACAGAAAUAUAGAAAUACCGCACAAAAAGAA